AGUCUCACCGGUUCGCCCGCCGCGCCCGGCCGCGCGGUGUGAGCUCCCCGGGGACCGCGGCUCGGGAUGCUGCCCGCCAGCGCGGCCGCUCGCGCGCAGCCCGCCGCCCUUGCCCUUGCCCCCCGGGCCAUGCGCCGCUGUUUACAUGCCGGUGAAGCCCCCGGCCGCUCCGAACCCCUCCGAGCCCCGACUCCCCGAGGGUGAAGCCGGCCGGCCCGAGAACUGGACUGGUCGCUCAGACCUGGGGCUCCGGACUCAGAUACCCGCCGGCUCCGCCGCCUCCGCCACCAUCUGGGCGGGAUCCGGCUCUGGUGUUUUGAGGAGGGGGUGUGGUGUAGGGAAAGGAAUCCUGGGGAUUUCUGGCCCCCCUUUUUUUGGCCUUCGGGGCUUCAGACUCAGGGAACUCGCUCAUGGCUUUCUUGAUGAAGAAGAAGAAAUUCAAAUUCCAAACCACUUUCACCCUGGAGGAGCUGACUGCAGUCCCCUUUGUGAACGGGGUUCUCUUCUGCAAGGUCCGGCUGCUGGAUGGCGGGGAUUUUGUCAGCUUGUCGUCAAGGGAGGAGGUGCAGGAGAACUGCGUGCGGUGGCGGAAGAGGUUCACCUUUGUGUGUAAGAUGAGCGCCAACCCUGCCACAGGCCUGCUGGACCCUUGCGUCUUCCGUGUGUCUGUGCGUAAGGAGCUGAAAGGCGGCAAAGCUUAUUCCAAGCUGGGCUUCGCCGACUUGAACCUGGCUGAGUUUGCAGGCUCGGGCUCCACGGUGCGCUGCUGCCUGCUGGAGGGAUAUGAUACGAAGAACACCCGCCAGGACAACUCCAUCCUCAAGGUCACCAUCGGCAUGUUCCUGCUCUCUGGGGACCCCUGCUUCAAGACGCCACCGUCCACUGCCAAGUCCAUCUCCAUCCCGGGCCAGGAUUCCUCCCUGCGGCUGACGUGUAAGGGUGGCGGGACAAGCAGCGGUGGCAGCAGCAGCACCAGCUCUCUGACAGGGUCUCGGCCUCCCAAACCCCGGCCAACCAUCCUCAGCUCAGGGCUGCUGGAGGAGCCAGACCACAACCUGUCCAGCCCUGAGGAGGUGUUCCACUCGGGCCACUCCCGCAACUCCAGCUACGCCAGCCAGCAGUCCAAGAUCUCCGGGUACAGCACAGAGCACUCUCGCUCCUCCAGCCUCUCUGACUUGACGCACCGCCGGAACACGUCCACUAGCAGCAGCGCCUCUGGUGGCCUCAGCAUGGCCGUGGAGGGGCCUGAGGGCAGUGAGCGGGAGCACCGGCCCCCCGAGAAGCCGCCACGGCCACCACGGCCCCUGCAUCUGUCAGACCGCUCGUUUCGGCGGAAGAAGGACUCAGUGGAGAGCCACCCAACCUGGGUGGACGACACGCGGAUCGACGCAGAUGACAUUGUGGAGAAGAUCAUGCAGAGCCAGGACUUCACGGAGGGCAGCAACACAGAGGACAGCAACCUCCGGCUGUUCGUGAGCCGUGAUGGCUCUGCCACGCUGAGUGGCAUCCAGCUGGCCAACAGGGUCUCUUCUGGGGUCUACGAGCCAGUAGUGAUUGAAAGCCAUUGAGGAGCAGGUGUCCAGGCUGGAGAAGGAUCCUGCCUUCUCGGGUGUCCAGACCUGCAUCAUUCCACAAGGAACCUUCCCAUUUGGAUCACCAUCCUCACUGCAUCUCUUCCGUGCCUCUCCACUCCAGCCCACACCUGUCCCCCAGGCAUCAUUCCACUGUCCUCGCAUCCAUGCCGGGAGCCUCCUGGCCUGCCUGCGAGGGCCCAGGCACCACUGUGAAUGUUCUCCGCUGAACCACUAGAGAGCAGGACAGGCUGGCCCAUGCAGCCGGUGGGCAAGACAAGAGACUGGCCUGGCCCCCUCCGCCACAGACAUGCCGCAGCUCCUAAACGUAGGGGUGUGUGUGGCUGAGGGCCUGUCCACUGCAGGAGCACUGGCUUCAGUCAUGCCCUGGCAGGGUCUUGCUCCAUUGCCCUCUUUCCGUGGGCGGGCCAGACCACCCCCAGAAUCCUGCCACCUGUGACCCUUUGACUGCUUAGUGCUUCAGCUAUCCCUUCCCUGUAUCCUGGGGGAUCCGCUGGCGGCCUCCUCCUGGGAGCCACAACCUCAGACCCUACCCACACUCCAGAUUGAGAGCCCCACCGCCCCCAACAAAUGUUCUGCUGCCCUGGCAGCCUGCACUUUGCACGUGCUUGUCCCCAGCACAGCCCCCUGGCCCUCUCCUCCCCUUCCUCUGACCCCUUCCCAAGGACUCCUGGUCACUGCCCGCUGUGCAGUCAGAGGCCCAGGGUCUGGCAGCCCGGCCGGAACGGGCUGCCGCCUCUCCUCCCUACAUUUAGCUCCAGCUCAGGCCUAAGACCUGUGCUGACAAAGGUCUGAGCACCGACGGUGCCCUCUGCCCAGGGCUGGGUCCUGCGCAGCUGGUUUCCCGCAGCAAGGUUGGGGCAAGCAAAAGCCCCUUUCUCUGCCCUCAGGGUCAGCUGGCCCAGCUGGGGCGGAUGCCAGAGAGGCAGGUGGACUGUGACUGGACCGCCUUAGAGCUGGCUUUCUGGCGGGAAAAGCCUCAGCCUUCCUCUGGAAGCAUGCCCCCCCUGGGCAAGGGAGAGGUGGGGUCCUUUAAGGGGUGUGCUUUCCCAGCGGGGUGCAGUCUGGCCCUGCCCCUGGCCCCUGCCCUCACUGAAGCCCCUGCUCUCAGCACUUUCCCCCCGGUCCUCGUAACCUGCUUGAAGGUGGGUUCCAGCUGCCAGCCAGCCCCUGGACAGACGCCCUUACCCCUUUUAAAUUUCACUCAUUUCGUACAAACCCAGCAGGCUGGUGUUUACUUAGCCCUGUAGCUUUUUUUCCUUUCCUUCCUUUUUUUUUUCUUUUUUGCUUUCAUUGAGUUCACAGUUCAAUAUUGCCUCCUCCCCCAGGUCAGGGGUGGGGUGCUUCUCUUCUCUGCCCCACCUGCCGGCUGGGUCCAGCAGGGCUGGGGACCCAGCUUGGGGCUGGGAUGCUGGUCCUCUCUGGGGGAGCACGGGUGACCUCCCCAGGCUGGGAGCGGUCCCAUUCCCCAGCUGGCCAGAGUUAGGGUUCUUGGUCUGAGAACUCCCUGGCAUUGGGACCAGAGCAUUUCUAGGGUUUCUGUUGUUGUUGUUUUACUUACCUAACUCUUUUAGAAAACGAAUGUUAGAAGGUGCCUGCCGAGGCAGGAUGGAACGUUCGCUCAGGCUGGAGAAGGCUCUGGUCAGCCCCGAGAGUCCCUUUCUGCCCCACAGAUACUGGCACUUUAAAAGGAAGCUGGCGACACAGUCUCCAGAUGAAUUGGCCCCUUGAAGAUGCGGGAGCGCUGUCCUUCCCUUCUGUGUCUGCGUCACCUCACCCAGCCCAGUGGGGAGGUGCAUUCAGGGUAGAUUCGGGAUCUGAUUUGAAGUUCUGGGGCUACAGGCACAAAACAGCUGGCCUCGGUGCUGUUGGGACUCUAAACCAGGAGUCCCAGCCCCACCUCCGCCAAGGUCUGGGCUUAAGGGUCACCCCAGAAGGAGAUAGAGCCUGCCACAUCCUCCCACACAAGGCCCUGGGCCAGGGUAAUUGGACCAACUGAGAAUUCGGCCACAACCAAAUUGUCACUGGCUGGAGCAAGAGGCCCAGAGCCCUGGCCUUGUCCCCAUGAGGGACACCUUUCUUCAGCCCUCUUGUCCCCUUGAGCUCAGAGAAUUCCCACCAGGUGCCCACAGCUCCUGGACUUCAAAUUCUAUAUAUAGAGAGAUGGAGAGAAUAUAUUAGAGAUAUUUUUGGAAAGGAAUUGGUCUAUGCAAUGCCAGUUUGGAAUCUUCUUGAAAGUUUAACGUUUUUACUAGGAAAUUUAAAGAAAAUAAAGGUCUACAAUAUUUUUAAGAUUUUUUUUUCCUGUUAAACCCCACAAACUGACCACAUGGCAUGAUCUGCCAGGAGGGGAAUGUCCAUGUUUUCCUCUGUCUUUAGGGAGGUGAUUGAGGAGAUGGGGAGGGGUCUUUUUUUUCUUUAAUCCCCCUCCUUUGUAAGAGAAUGCUGCCACCACUACUUCUAGUUCAGUGGGCUGUGUUUGUAUCUGUGUCCCAGCUUCUAUUGUAGAAAAUAACAUUGUAAGGGGAAAUCAGCCUAAUGUCGGUGUCUUGGUUUGGGGAAAAAAAAUUAAAUAUUGCGGAUUUUGUUUUGCUGA